GGGAGGUGGUCAGGGCAGCGGUGUGUUGCGGUUGCAAACCCACAUUACUCUUUUUCCUAAACCACUUCGCGGGAGUUGUUGUUGAUUGAGCAGCCGACACUUCUAAGGUAGACGAGCCAUCUGCACAGGAAAAUAGCAACCAUGUCCGACAGGAAGGCAGUGAUAAAAAAUGCGGAUAUGUCCGAGGAGAUGCAGCAGGACGCCGUGGAGUGUGCCACGCAGGCCCUGGAGAAGUACAACAUCGAGAAAGACAUCGCUGCAUACAUCAAAAAGGAAUUUGACAAGAAAUACAACCCCACCUGGCAUUGUAUUGUUGGGAGGAACUUUGGCAGCUAUGUGACUCAUGAGACCAAGCACUUCAUCUACUUCUAUUUGGGCCAGGUUGCCAUUCUGCUGUUCAAGUCCGGCUGAGGGUGGGGGGGAUACUCUGCCUCAACACCAACUGACCAAUACUGACUGAUUCGACAGAAAGGCUCCAUCAUUCCUGGUCAACGGGCUUUGCCUUUUUCUGUGCUGCUUUCUACUUUUUCCUUUUUUUUUGAGAUAACAAUGGCCAUGUGAGAGAAAUGAAACACUUCUAUUUAUUUUUGUCUUAUGUUUAGACUUGUUUUUUUUUUCUAUUAAAACAAUCUUUCAUCUGUA